AUGGCGAGGACAACACGCUCCUCCGUGAAGCGGGAGUUCCCGCCCGAGAGCUCAUGGCGCAUGGUGGAGGGCGGGGAGAACGACAGCUUCGACACGUCGAUCCUGCACGACGACGACAUCGACUUCAUCGGCUCGAGCGGCUCGCAGCCGGUCGGGUCGCAGCAGUCCUUCAGCAUCGGCGGGUCGUCGCAGCCGUGGAGCAUCGGGGGCUCGCAGGAGGACAGCAUCGAGAACUUCCUCAGUAAGGCCGAGGACGACGAGCAGGUCCUCCUGCGGUCGCCCUUCCGCCCCUCCGUCCCCAAGGCCGUGCGCGACACCUCCAGGGAGAACCUAAGGCGGCGCUCGCCCGAGCCCGAGCUGGAGCCCCAGUUCUACAUGCCCAAGGUCGAUGUUGUGAGCCCCCGGAGGGAUAGCACGCGGUCAUCCACUACUAUCAGGGCGUCGGUCCCGCCGCCGACGCCGCCAAAGCUCAGGCGCCGUCCAGGAGUGGUUCCGGAGAGUCCGGCCAGGAGGCGGCAUGUGAGGGAUGAUGAGAAGAUACCCGUGGGUGAGCGGGCGGGGUUAGACGGUACGGGUGGUAGGGCAUCCGUAUCGCUGCCUGAACAUGGCGAGCAAGUCGCUCUACACAUCUCCAUCCGCGACCUGCGCACCGUGGUCCGCUACAGUUCGCUCACGAGCAAGGAAGAGCUCAUUCUGGAAUUCGACGGCUUCAUCGACACGGCACAGACGGUGACGAGCGUCUUGCAGAGCCCACCCUCCUUUCGGAACGUGCAGGGCCGCAAGGACGACAUCCUCUGGACGCUGUGGACGCUGGUCGGCGCCAACAACCGGCGCCUCUCCAACUACAACAGCCAGCUCGCCCUGCUCAAGCAGGUCGACGGCCAGCGCUCCGACGCCGUCCAGCUCGUCAACGAGCUCAUCGUCGAGCUGGAGAAGAUCCAGGCCAGUCUGGGCGACCUGAAGGGGCGGGUCUCCGAGGCUGGACUGCUGCGGGCCCAGGCGGAGGUGCCGCUUAGCGUGCAUAUUGAGACGAUUAAUAAGGGGGUGGAGAGGUUGGAGGCGGCGAGGAGUAGGAUACGGUCUAUUGAGGAUGAACGGAUCAAGGAGGUUUUGGCGAGGGGGAAGGGAGAGGAGAAGUUGAUUGAUGCUUAG